AUGUCCACAUCCGCUAUUUCGGAUGUUCCUAUAGUACAACCUCCUGUUCCCAUAGAGGGAUUCAAAAUGGAAACCAAUGGUCAAGAAUUUGUUCAUAUUUUGGAACAAAAGUUAAAAGGUCUUAAUAUCACAGUUAUGUCCCAUGAAGAAUAUUCUGAGGAUAAUAAUGAAAACCAUAUUGACCAACUAGCUGAUAUGUUUGCUAAUUUAGAUAUUAGUAACCUUGAUAUUAAUAAUACUAAUAGUAUAAACCCUGUUUAUUCUCCUAAACCUAUAGAAAAGUAUUAUUAUAAGCGUCCCUCACCGCAAGAUUUGCUCUUUGAGGAAACAAAACCAUUUCCAGAAUUCUUAUUCAGGAAAAGCCAUUUAUGA